UUUUUUUUAAUUCGAAAAUUAUUCAAAUUAUUUUAUUCUCGAGUGCACCAAAAAGUUAAAGCAGGAUAUUGGGGUUCUGUUGCUUCAUGUGACAUACCGUAUAGGACUUUUGAAAAUAUGCUCCAAAAUAUUCAAAAACUUGAUGAGAUUGAUUAUAUUAUGGUUGGCGGUGACUAUGAAUCACAUUCAGAUUGGACGUAUACAAAAGAAGGUCAUUUGGAGACUAUUCGUAAUAUUUCAGUGCUUUUGCAUGGUUACUUCCCCAAUAUACCAAUAUUUUGGACAUUGGGUAAUCAUGAAGGUGUUCCAAUCGACAGUUUUCCACCCCAUUUCAUCCCUGAGAAAUACCGUUCUCAGUGGCUAUACGAUGAGCUCUUCGAUUUGCAAAAGCCAUUUCUAAAUAACAGUUCAAUGCAAAGUACUAAAUACCGUGGCUCAUAUAUGGUUCAACUUUAUCCGGGUUUAAGAUUAAUAUCACUGAAUUCAGGUUACUGCGAUACUUUUUUUCAAAGUCUUUUUUACAUUAGU